AUGGCGCACCAAGGCGACGACAAGAGCACGAUGGAGAAGAUGAAGGAGAAGGUAAAGAGUGCCUUCGGCCAAGACGAUAAGGAGUCGUCGUCCCCUCGGGGCAAUAUGGACAAACGAGCCAAAGUGGCGCGACAGGUCAACAAGGGCAAUCGAGCCAAUAUGGGCAAUCAGGCGUACAUGGCCAUUCGGGGCAGUACGGACAAUCGAGCCAACAUGGGCAAUCUGGCCAGUCGGGGCAGUAUGGGCAAUCGACUGGUGGCCAACAUGGGCAAUCUGGCCAGUCGGGGCAGUAUGGGCAAUCUAUCAGUGGACAGUAUGGACAAUCUGGUAUGUCGGGCCAUUCUGGCAUGUCAGGCCAACACGGCCAAUCUGGCAUGUCGGGGCAGUAUGGGCAAUCUACCGGUGGCCAGCAUGGACAAUCUGGGCAGUCGGGGCAGUAUGGGCAAUCUAGUGGUGGCCAUUAUGGCCAAUCCAGCCAACAUGGACAAGCGGGGCAAUCGGGUUCGUCGGGCAAAGCUGGCCAUUCGCAGCAAUCUGCGUACACUGGCCAAAGCGGCCACUCGGGGCAAACAGGCCGCGGGCAACCCUAAGCACAGCGAGGGUGUACCCCCGAGUGGAAGCUGUCGGGGUAGCAUCGCUGACGUAUACGGCUGA